AAAAACCCAGCAGAAAACACCGCCUCUCUCUCGCUCUCUCUCUCUCUCUCUGCCUCCCUCCUCCCCCUCGGCCCGGCGCCGCGCCGCUCGGCCGCGACGAACCCUCGCCUCCCCUCCUCCACCCCGCCGCCCGCCGCGGCGGCGCUCGCGGUACGCGGGAUUGGGAGGCUGCGGCGGCGGACACGGCGGCUGGAGUGAGUGGUGGAGCGGGCGGCGGCGGCUGGGAGAGGGGCGCGGGUGGGGAGAGGGGCGGGGGCGGCGGAAUCUAGGGUUGAAGGGGACGGGAGGGUUGGGUGCCGCGGCGGGGGCGCCAUCAUCCAUCGGUAUGGACGAUGAUGGCGGGGAGAGGACGUUCAAGGCGAACUUCACCGGGGAAGGGGUGAGGCUGCUGCGGGCGCGCGUCAAGGAGAAGCUCAGGGAGCUCAUGGGCGACUACUCCGACGACACCCUCGCGGAGUAUGUUGUGGUAUUGCUCAGAAAUGGAAGACGGAAGGAUGAGGCUGCAAAAGAGCUGGAGGUUUUUUUGAGUGACAACAACGAAGCAUUUGUAUCCUGGUUAUGGGACCACCUCUCCUCAAAUUUGCACCUUUAUGUGCAACCCAAAGCUAUCUCUUCAAAUAAUGAAGUUAAUAGUACUCGGAGUAAUGCUAGAGGAAUGCCUGCACAAAAUAUGACUAGCAGCACACAAGCUAUUCGUGAACCUGUAGCUGGCACUCAGAAGACAACGGGAAUUCAUCAGAGAAGGGAGUGGGGAGGAAUUGUUCGAGACCAAUCAGAAACAGUUCCCCUUCGAAGUGUUGUAACUACUGUUUUGCAUGCAGAGGAAAAGGAUGUUAAUAAAUCACAUGCCAGAAGACGAACCCACUCACCUGACAUGCAUCACCAAAGAAAGAGAAGCAGAGAAGAUGAUGAACGGCAAAUCAAGAGAACAUCACACCAAGAUAUUGAUGCACCACGCCGGCUUCUUCAGUUUGCUGUUCGGGAUGCUGUUAGACCUGUACAGCCCAUAACCCCUAGGUCAGAAUCAGCAUCCAAACGACUUCGUUCUGUGGUGUCUACCAUGCCAUCGGAUUCACCACUUGAUGUCAGACUGCAGAGAACAAAUUCAGAUGUAAGAGUACCUGGUGUCACCGCAGCAGCAUUAAGAGCUGCAGCUGAGGCUGCUGAAGAUGUUCUGAAGGAGAAAUACUCUGGAAGUGUGUUUAGGAGAUUGGGUAGAAAGGGCAUGGUGAAUGCUGCUGAGGAAUCCUUUGGUUUCAGUGAACAAGGUCGAGAAAGAGAAUAUGGUGAUAUAGAUAAUGUCCAAGCAGAAAAUCAACUAGAUGUUCAUGGAAGAAAUCAUUAUGCAGGUGAUGCUUAUAUGUAUGACCGGGAGGCAGCCAAAGGCACUGAUUCUGCAUCAGAUAUCGAUCGGCAUGAUGAUACUGGUGCAGCUAGGUAUAAUGAUUUGGUAUCUUGCCGAAGUACAUUGCCUUCUAGUAUAGGCAAAGAAUCAGUAGUAGCGGGGUUCAAUACUGUUGAAGGAACUACAACCAUUAGAAGCAGAAGGUCUAUAAUGCAGGACCCACAUGCUAGUUCAGGGCGAGGACCAUCUGAAAGGAUUAACAUGGUUAACAAUAUUACACAAAAGCCUGCCAACCAGGCAACAAGAAGGAAUGCUGUGAAGAUAGAGCCUCAAGUGCCCACAGAGAUGAAACAUACUGACUCAAGAAAGUCAACUGCGACACUUGCACAUGUUAACAAUACUCCAAUGACUGACAAGUCCAAAGAUUCAAUGUGUUCAAGCUCUAUGGUGGAGGAACAGAAGCUUCCAUCACUUGCUGUUGGAUCAUGCAGUACAGGUCAGCCAGAAGGUGGCACUGAUUCUAGAACAGUUUUUCUUUCCAAUGUACAUUUUGCUGCUACAAAAGAUGCUCUUUCCCGUCAUUUCAAUAAGUUUGGAGCUGUGCUUAAAACUCUUAUUGUGACUGAUAUUGCUGGUCAGCCAACAGGCUCAGCGUACAUUGAAUUCUUGCACAAAGAGUCAGCAGAACAAGCCCUAACUCUUGACAACACAUCUUUUAUGUCGCGCAUGCUCAAGGUUGUUAGAAAGAACUCUCUCGAAGUGUCUCAACAGUCUGGCUGGCCCCGUGGUUCUCGGGGAUCAACAUUCCCUUCAAGACUCACUAGAACUGCAUACCCAAGGCCAGCAUUUCCUGGUGCUAUGCGUGGGCGUCUACCACUCAGAGGUGGUGCUCGGAGCUUACAAUGGAAGCGUGAUAAUGCUGAUACUGUCGAUGCGGCAAAACCUGGUCACAGCACACCUAUACCUACCGGUAAUCAGUUGAUAAGCCCAGUUGUGCGGAGCUUCACCUACACACGUGCUGAGCAAAAACAGGACGUUGGUGCGACCAUUUGACUGCUCCUGAUGAAACUCGCAGAAAGACCUCAGAAUUAGUGUUAUCUCAUAGUUCCUCCUCCUCUCGUAAAUACUAUUUAUUUAGUUGCAGAGCUUAGUAACAGGCUGGUUUUUGGAACUGAAUUUGAGCCAUGUUCUGUGACCAGUUUUGUGUGCUUUUUUCCGGCCAUCGCUCAUGCUGUGCUGGCUACGCGAAGUUUGUGGAUUGAAAAAUCAGGGAAAAAAGAAAGGAAAGUAAAGGUUGUAGAAUAUGAUGGGAACACCGCAACAUUUAAUAUUAUCGGUAGGUUAUUCACCCGGCGCAUUUUAUUUAUUGAUUGAUGUGAUCAUCUGAAAAAAUUGUAGUACUAGUAAUGCUAUCCUGCUGCAUCUUUUGGCUCCAUGAUUGCCUUCAAAUCAGGCAAUUUUGUACUGUACAGGCUACAAAUUCUGGCUAUUUCACCUGUGCUAUUAUGAAUUGUAAACAGUACUAGUAGUACUCUGAAAGAAUAGCCCAAUUUUUGCU